AUGAACGCCCAAGAGAUGUACCGCAAGAUGCUCGCCCAGCAGUCGCAGUCGUCCGACGCGCCGCCCUUCAAAGUCUCCGCCCCGGCCCUCUCGAUCCCCGACGACACCACCCUGGUCGUCUUUGGCGGCACCAACUGGGACAACCUCGGCAAGGGCAAGGAGGCGCACACCAAGUCGGCGCCCAACCUGAUGGGGCCGUGCCGGCUGGUGCUGCCCGGCGUCAAGGUGGCCUUCGUCGCGACCUCCUCCUGCUCCUCCCACUGCAUCGCCCUCUCCGCCAGCGGAGCCGCCUAUGCCUGGGGCCGCAACCAGUGCGGCCAGCUCGGGCUGGGCGACACGCUCACGCGCGCCGGCCCGACCGAGGUGACCGCGCUGCAGGGCACGCCCCUCUCCGCCGCGGCGACCGGGAAGCACCACACCCUCUGGCUCGGCGCGGAGGGCGACCUCUUCGCGAGUGGCUCCUCCAAGGAGGGCUGCGUCGGACCGUCGGCUGACAAGAGGCGCGAGAUGGAGGCGACGCCCGUCGCCGUGCCGGGCCUGGCCGCCGGCGCGGCGUACGUGGCGGCGGGCGGCGCCCACAACCUGGUCAUAGACCGCGAGGGCACCCUGUGGGCGUUCGGCUCGUCCGAGUGCGGCGUGCUGGGCAACGGGACGGACGGGCAGUACAACAAGUCGGACUCGUCGAUCAAGCUGGCGUACGCGACCGAGGCGGCUCCGCUCAAGGUGCCAAAGCUGGCGGGGCGAAAGAUGGUCCACGCCGCUUGCGGGCCGCAGCACUCCGCUGCGGUGGACGAGGAGGGACGCUGCUUCACCUGGGGGCUUGGCCACAAGGACCAGAAGGACGCGUGGACGCCGGCCGAGUUGCCCGGGCUGCGCGCGACGCGCGUGGUUUGCGGCUCCGCCUUCACCGCCGCGACGGGCCACGCCGUCCUCCACUCGGGCGUGGUGUGCGCGAGCAGCUCCUCGCUCUACAUGUGGGGGAGGGUCAAGUCGGCCUCGCAAAACUGCUGGAUGAGCCCCACCGUCGAGCAGGACCUUAGCGGCUGGAAGGUGCAGGCUCUCGCGUGCGGUUCCGUCCACACCGUCGUGGGCGCCGACAGCUCGGUCAUCUCGUGGGGCCCGGCCUGCUCGUGCGGCGAGCUGGGGUAUGGCGAGCUCGGCCCAAAGUCGUCGGCGCGCCCGAAGAAGGUCGAUUUGCUCGAGGGUGCACACGUCGCGCAGGUGGCGUGCGGCCUCGCCCACACCCUCCUACUCGCCGCGACCGACAGCGCCAUCACCGACGCGCUGCCCGAGUGGAAGCCGGGCGGCGGCAAGGCCAAGAAGUGA